UCCAUUGGAGCAGGCUCCAGGCAGGGCUGCCUGUGUGGGAUUUCUGGCCUGUGUUGCUCAGAAGCUAGAUGAGAUGAUCCUGAAGUUCUGUCUUUAAGCUUCCCCUAGGAGUGGUGUCUAAAUCAGCAAUGGGCAGCUGGGCAGAAUCCAGUUCCAGGAAAUCCAUUUUGUAAGUAGCCAAAGGAGCAUUGCUCAGUCUGUGCUGUAUGCAAGGCCAGGAUGGGUCUGGCUCUAGAUCAGUUCCAUGCCACACCUGCUCUGAACACCUGCCUGUGAGUAAACGUAGUACCAAAUGCAUUAGUUUGCUUAGCAAACCUACCCUGCUGUAGUCAAGCUGCUCCCUAGAGGAAAGCAGGCCCUAAAGGAAAAAACUGGGUGGGUUUGUUAGCCUGAGAUUUGUUUCCCACUCUGCUUGCCUGCCACAGUGAAAUAUCUGGGAUAAUCUGCUCCAACUUACUAAAAAUUGAACUUUAAAUUGUUUUGUUUAGAGCAUCAGAGAUUUUCCUGUGAUUAGGGCCAAAUUCUGCUGUUGUUUACACCCUAAGGUCUCUGCACAUUCAGGGCAUUCACAAUUUCUGCUCUGUACAAUGUGCACAGUACAAGGUGAUGGUGAAUUGGGCCCAAUGGGGCAGCCAUUUCACAGUGUAGUUCUGGUGGCCUUAUUCCAGGGAGCAUACCGAAUGCCUGGAGUCAGGCUGAUGGCACAAAAAUGUCUGUGAAGGUGUGAUGGCCUUGAGAAGAUAUGAUUCUGACUAAAUGCAGGUUUGACCCUUGGAUUUAUCUGUUCAAGUAUUUCUGUAAUGGAAAUUCUGAAUAAAGGAUGUGGUCAGUCAUUCUCAGUAGCUGCAAACUGGACUCGUUGAGAGCUGCUAUCUCACUUGGCCAUCAAAAGAGCAGUCCCUCACAGCACCCUCCUUCCCAGUCUGUUGUCUUUCUGUGAAUGCAGCUAGUUAGUUCAUUUUGAUGUAGUUGGUGAAAUGCCAAGAGUUAUAUUUUGCCCCUUACAAAAAUCAGUCAUUGGAGGAUGAAAGUGCCUGGAAGAUCUUUUUCCUUGGCUCAACUAUUGACACCAGUGUGGUCACUAGAACUCCAUUUCUUUCAGGAGAUCUUCCAGUGCUCAUUAAAAGUAGAUUUGUGCCACUGCUUCCAGGGAAUCUGUAGGGCCAGCACACUGUGAGGUGCUAGGUCUCACCACUCAGCCAAAUGCAGUCUUCCUGAUGAGAUGGGAAACCAAAGGCCACAGUGCUCAGGGAAUGCAGGACAAAGCAGUAAUGUCACCUUCCAGGUUGAAAGGCAUUUUGAAUUAUUACUUUGCAAUUGAGACUUUGUGAUGCUUCUGUUUGACUGAGCUUGUGGGCCCAGAAUCACAAUUACCGGUACCAUCAGCAUCUCUCCCAGCAAACAUGUUCUUGCUGUCAGCUCCCAGUUCUUGGAAGACUUGCUCAGUGAAGCCUCAGCUUCCGAUGACAUGCAGCAAACUUGCAGGAAGGCCUCAUAUGGGAGGUGUCCCUGGGAUGAGCCUGGCCCUUAUCUUGCCAGCCAGCUGCAAGGGGAUUAUCCGGGAGCUCAGCUAUGCAGCUGCAAACACUCUCUUGCACUGGCUGGACUGCCUUAAGACCUUCUUCUUGUGUUGUAAAGCCAGCAAGAAAGCAAGGACUGAACUACUCUGAGCUCUCACAUCUCCUGUGAAGAACAUCAGAUUCACCCAACUUUAGAAACUCAUCCUCAGAACAAACCAACAAAAGACCUGGGCUGUGGUGUCAGUCCCAGAGUGUGUGGUGUCUGCUUGCCUGGUCUCCACCUCAUCCAGUCUCACAAGGGCAGUGUUUGCAGGUGAAGAUGAACAGUGGAAUUCUCUUCUUGUCCCUCCUUGGCUUCCUCCCACUCGUGAUACCCACGUGCCCUGUGCCAUGCAAGUGUGCCACCAGCAUUAUUGACUGCACAUCAAAAGACCUAACUGUAGCAAAACUACCAGUUGCUUUCCGCCCUUCAGCUGAAAUUAUCCACCUUGGUUACAACAGGCUCACCUCGAUUCCCAAUGGGCUCUUUGACAACCUGAAGAGCCUCCAGGUAGUCUACCUGCAGGGCAACCCUUGGGAAUGCAACUGUGACAUCCUCUACUUGCACUCCUGGCUCCAGUGGCAGCAGAACCGGACCUUGUACAGGGAUUUGAGAUGUGCCUCCCCAGCUCACCUGCAGGACCGGGUCAUUGCCUAUCUGACAGAAGAUGAGAUCAUCUCCACGUGCCAGUACUGGUACUGCAGCCUGGCUCUCCUUUCUCAGCUCUGUCUCUUCAUCCUUCUUUUCCUGCAGAGUAUCUUGGUUAUCUUCAUCAUUGUCUACCUGCAGAAAUUUCGGAGAAUGACCGCUGAAGCCCAGAGCACCACCCAAGAUCUACACCAGCAUGUAGACACCUGGGAAUCUUCCUCAAGAAACCCCUACAACAGUGAUUAACAUCACAACCCUGAAGUCCCUCCUCUGCCUUGGCUGAUGCUGUGCCAUGGUCAUGUGGCUUGAAAUAUCCAGAGGGAACAAUUCAGUGUGGUGUCUCAUCCUGACUGCAGUCCAAAGCAGGACAUGAACUGAUGAAAGACUUGGUCUUGUGUUUUUUAAUGCUUUAAACUCUUUAGCAUUAUUUUGAUUGCUUUGCUGAGCUGGGUGUGGUUCUGGUUUGAUAGACUAAGGAGAAAUAAUGAACUACAGCAACCAGAACUGACUUGAACUUCUCAUAAGCUCCAAUGAGGGCUACAGUUCUUGAUCCUUCCUAUGCUAGAGUAUUUUCAGCCGUACUUUCCAUGAUGCUUCUGGUUGCAUUAGGUCAGGUGAGGACAGAUGUGGACAGUGAACAGUUAAUGUACUAGACAAUGGAGAAGUACACUUUCCUUGAUGCUAACACAGGUUGUUUUAGUAACAUUGGACAAGUGACUUUGUCUUCUCCUGCCUUAGUUGCCCAUCAGUAAAGGGAAAGGUUGUUUUUUUUUUACUGGAUGCAUCUUUUCCAAUGUUCUGUAGGAGGGAGGGAGGGAAUGUUCAGGAACCUACCCAUUUUACCCUAUCUUCAUUCCUUUUAAGCUACGUAUAGUUUUAAUACUGACUUUGACAUGUACUGAGUCAGACUGGGGCCCUGAAUGUUUGAGAAAUUAACCCUGAAGCCAAGAGUUGUAGAGACCAGAGGCUCUUCUUGACUGUGCCUGUACAGAACCUGGCCCAGGAGAUCUGUUUAUCUUUGGAGCCUCAAACUGCAAAACCCACAAACCUGCCUACUGCUCCUUAUGAUGUCCCUUAACUAUUUUUGAAACAGAGCAAAAUUGAAAUAAAAUAA